UAAUUUGAGCGCAGCGCACAACCACCUCUAGAUGUACCUUUACGCCUUUACGGGUGCUAUUUUGUCAUAUCUCAUUUUUAAUGUUUUGUGCUUCAUUGUUUAUUUUAUGUUUUGAGGCAAAAUCUAACCGCCUAACCGCAUUUUCUCAUAUUUCAAAUUUACAACUAGAAAAACCAAAAAGGAAGCGUGCUUCUGGUUUUUUGAAGGAUCACUACAUCUGUUAUAAUGGCAAAUGUAGACGCUCUAACUGAAGCUCUUGCGAAAACUAAAGUCGAUCAGAAUGGAGUGAGUUUCGCCGGGAAAUCUUUGAAAUUGGACAACGAGGACGAUGCUAACGAAGUUACUGAAGCAAUCAAUGAAUGUACUGACUUGGAAUACCUCAAUUUGGAAGGUAACACAUUGGGUGUAAAUGCAGCCAGAGCUGUAGCAAAAUCAUUGGAGAAGCACCCAGAACUAAAAAGAGCAUUAUGGAAGGAUAUGUUCACAGGAAGAAUGAAGACGGAAAUCCCAAAAGCACUGGAACAUUUAGGUAAUGGUUUAGUGACAGCCGGAGCUCGAUUAGUCGAACUAGACUUGAGUGACAAUGCUUUUGGGCCUAUUGGUGUUGAAGGCUUAGCUGCAUUGCUCAGGAGCUCCUCAUGUUACGCUUUGGAGGAACUCAGGUUGAACAAUAACGGACUUGGAAUCACUGGUGGGAAAUUGUUGGCUGCAGCUUUAACAGACUGCUACAAGAGCAGCAAAGAGCAGGGAAAGCCACUGGCUCUGAAAGUUUUCGUUGCAGGUAGAAAUAGGCUGGAGAACGAUGGGGCUACAGCCUUGGCCCAGGUGUUCAAGAUGAUUGGUACUCUAGAAGAGAUUGCCAUGCCUCAGAAUGGAAUUUACCACGUGGGAAUCAAAGCUCUAUCGGAAGCAUUUGUCCACAACAAAGGCUUACGCGUUUUAAACUUGAAUGAUAAUACAAUUGGCUCGAAAGGGGCCGACCAUAUUGCUGGAGUGUUGCCGCAUCUUCAAGCGUUGACUGACAUCAAUUUCGGGGACUGUCUACUGAAGACUAAAGGCGCAUCCAGACUAGCCGAGGCUCUUACGGACGGACAUAAGAAUCUCAAGGAUUUACAACUUGGUUACAAUGAAAUCCGUGUAGAUGGAGCGUUGCUAAUCGCAUGUGCCAUGAAAAAUAAACUUAAAAUUGUCAGUCUCCAGUUAGAUGGCAAUCAGUUUGGCACGAAAGGUAGAAAAGAGCUGGAGACGAAACUGAAAGAAUUUGGAAAACUGCAUGUCUUGGGUAGUUUGGACGAAAACGAAUCUGAAGAGAGUGAAGAGGAAGCAGAAGAUGGUGAAGAUGGAAACAGCACCGAGGAAGAAGAAAGUGCUGAUGAAUCAAACCAAUCUCACAAUAAUAGUGUAACAAUUGUUGAACUCACUGAUUCAAAUAUAUCUGCGAAAGACUUCCUCAAGAGCCCUAACAUGGAUAACUUCAUGGCCUUAGGAGAUAACAGGACUGUACUUAUUUAUGAAGAAAUUAAGACUAAGGACCAACAGGACAUUGAUAGCUAUGUAAAAGUCUUGAUGAAAAUAUCUGCUAUGAGCAACAAUUUAAAGACUGAUGUAUCUGACGCCUCGUCAAAUGUGCUGAAUACCUAUAUAAACAACUUUUUAUUUGGGCACAACAGGAGGAUCAUCUGUGGUCCGUCACAAAUUCUUUGCUCAUCAAUUUAGGCUUGAUAAAAGGGGAAGACAAAAAAUUAAGCCAACCUGGAACAUGGAAGGUUGUUAUACAGUAAUAAAAAAUAUUAUCCAUAAAAAUUAUUUCCCAGAAAGCAUAAGGAUGUCCUUGAAACUGUUCAUGCAAAGGAACUUGGAGAAGAAUCGUGAUCUGGCAUCAUUGAAAAAUCAAAUAAUAGCAAGUUGUGAUUAGAAAUAUUUAUUAUCGAUUAUACUUGUACCAGUUCCAUACUUUAUAAUAUAUCAUUUGAGACAUA